AUGACUCUCAGAACACGUCAUGCGUUGUAUGUUAUAUACAUUAUAAUAUGCCAGGACUUGCUGUCAUGGACGCAGGGGGAAUUAUUUACGGCCAUAUCAGAAGUGGAACCCCUUUUAGAGACCCACAAGAGGAUUAUUGACGACUUGGAUGAUUAUAUCGCAAAAGAGGAGAAAAGGCUGGCCGUUUUAAAAAAGCAUUUGAAUCUCUACAAAAAGGAACAUCUUAUGGCGAUGGAGGACAUACCCAACUACUUGGGUAAUCCCAUCAACGCUUUCACGCUGAUCAAGAGACUUACAACGGAUUUGGAUUUCAUAGAAAAGAGCAUCAAAAUCGGCACAGACUACGUGAAGAACAUAACCGUGAACCACGCGGACGUGAAGUAUCCGACCCUGGAGGACCUCACUGGCGCUGCGCAGGCGCUGACCCGGCUCCAAGACACCUACCACCUCGACAUAGGGGAGCUCUCCGAAGGGAGGCUCAACGGGGUAGUUUACAGCACUCCCAUGACAGCCGGCGACUGUUACGAGCUCGGGCGCACUCUUUACAAUGAGAAGGAUUUCGGCAACUCGGUGCGAUGGAUGACAGAGGCCUUACGGAAGUUGGAGAACGAAAGCGACACAUACAACUUCACGGAGGUCGACAUUCUCGAGUAUAUUAGCUUCUCGCACUAUCUGCUGGGAGACGUCGAGAAAGCUCUAGAAUGGACGAAGAAGCUGCUGGCGUUGGACCCGGAGCAUCCGCGCGCUCGCGGCAACGUGCCACACUUCCAGAGGACUAUUCAAGAGAAAGAGGCGAGGCUAAGAAGGAAACGGAGGGGGGAUCUUGGUGACGAAGAUGAAGAUGAAAACCCUCCACCGCUGUCGUACUUGGCCAAAGAGAGGAAAGUCUACGAAUCUCUGUGUCGCGGCGAAAUGGAGAUACCCAGUGAAAUGAAGAAGAAGCUGAAGUGCAGCUAUCUGACGGAGAACCACCCGUUCCUGAAACUGGCGCCGAUAAAAAUGGAGCAGAUGUACAUUGAGCCAGACGUCGUCGUGUUCCACGAGGUGAUGAGCGACGAGGAGAUAGAACACCUCAAGGAUAUGGCCAGGCCGAGGUUCAAGCGCGCGGUAGUCCACGACCCGAAGACCGGCAAGCUGGUGGCGGCGCACUACCGCAUCAGCAAGUCGGCGUGGCUCCGCGACGAGGAGUCGCCGGUGGUGGCGCGCGUCACCCGCCGCGUGGCCCACUUCACCGGCCUGAGCAUGCGCUCCGCCGAGGAGCUGCAGGUGGUCAACUACGGCAUCGGCGGCCACUACGAGCCGCACUUCGACUUCGCAAGGAAAGAAGAAAACGCUUUUCAAAAAGCGAAUGGAAACAGAAUCGCCACUGUUCUGUUCUACAUGUCGGAGGUGGCGCAGGGCGGCGCGACGGUGUUCACGGAGCUGGGUCUGAGCGUGUUCCCGGUGAAGAACUCUGCCCUGUUCUGGUUGAACCUGCACCCUUCGGGCGAAGGGGACAUCUCAACCCGCCACGCCGCCUGCCCCGUUCUGCGAGGCUCCAAAUGGGUGUCAAAUAAAUGGAUACACCAGGGAGGUCAGGAACUGCUUAAGCCAUGCAACCUAGAAUAUCAAAGGGAGGAUGUUAUGCGAAAAUUUCCGAGACCAGUGCCCCUAACGUCAAGG